AUGUCUUCUCCUGUCAUCAUCGUCACCGGGGCUUCCCGCGGAAUCGGCCUCGAGGUCUGCAAGACCCUCCUCACCGAGUUCUCCUCGAAGAUCGUCGCUGUGUCCCGUUCCACCCCCGCCGGCCUCACCUCUUUGAAGGAGCAAUACUCCGACAGCAUCGAGAUCGUCACCGGUGACGUCGCUUCCCCCGAGACCUCCAAGAACGCCGUCAACAAGGCCAUCGAGAAGUGGGGACAAUUGGACGGAUUGGUCCUGAACGCCGGUACCCUCGACCCUGUCGCUAGGCUCGAAGAUGCUGAUGUCGAUGCUUGGCGUAAGGGUUACGACAUUAACUUUUUUGGUCUCCUCCCUGCUAUCAAGGAGUCUAUUCCUCACCUUCGCAAGUCCAAGGGUAGGGUCGUCUUCGUCUCUUCUGGCGCUGCUACCUCUGCAUAUGAGGGUUGGGGUUGCUACGGUUCUACCAAGGCCGCCAUGAACCACCUUAACGAGACCCUCGCCUUCGAGGAGCCCGAGAUCACUGCUGUCUCUAUUCGUCCUGGUGUCGUUGACACUGAGAUGCAGAGGGCUAUCCGUGAGGAGCACAGGACCAAGAUGGGUGAGGGACACUCCAAGUUCAUUCAGUUGCACGAGAAUGGUGACUUGGUGCCUGCGGAGAAGCCCGCUGGUGUUUGUGCGAGGUUGGCGGUGAAAGCUACCAAGGACUUGAGCGGUUUGUUCUUGAGCUGGAACAGCCCUGAGGUCAAAGCCUACCAGGGUUAAAAAGGAUGAGGUAGAGUGAUCAAGAUAUAUUCAAUAGAGUAGCUGUAAGAAUGGAAGAUUCCUGCACACUCCCAUCACCGCAUAGCCAAUUGAAGAAGCCUCAGGGCAUU